AGUACUUUAAAUUCAUAUUCUUAUUAAAAUGCAGAGUGACGGUCUGAAUAGAGAUGAUUGCAUAGACGGCCGUUGGUAUAAAACAUAUAGCUGGUUGCCAAACGACGUAUUUACAGGCGGACAAGAAGCAGACGGCAAAACACUUUACGUAGUCUGCGCCUACAUUGGUGGCGUCUUUACACCUGGAAAAUUCGGGCUGCAUUUUAAUAGUGGAGCCUGUAUUCCGUACGAUGGUGAAGAAAGGAUUUGCCCAAGUUUUUACCAUCUGUGCAAUAAGAAUUCUAAUAAAUGGAUGUAUAGCUGGGAGCGCGCCUCCAACGGAAACGUCCCUCAUAACGCUCUAAGGGUGGAUGAGGGGCUGUACGUGGGUCGAGUCCACCACGAGGGGAGUCUUAUUCCAUGUAAAGUUCACACAACGGAUGGAUGUGCUUAUUUUGGUUAUGCUGGGAAAGAACACAAAGCCAAGAGGUAUGAGGUGCUCGUCUCCACAUUGAAGUCUGGUCAGGCAGAGGAGGGGGAAGGGCAGAAAGAGGCCAAGGAAUAGUCUCAAUAAAGCCGAGAGGGAAAUCAACUUUCUAAUAGAUUGUUCACUCUAUAAGGAAAAUAUCGAAGCAUAGAAACAUAACGUAAUUUUUUCUAGUUCAGAUAGUUAUCAGUUUGAAAUAUUUCUGGAUCAUUACCUUUGAAAAAAUAUUGAUAAUUUACUUCAGCUUGUAAAUAGUUCUCUCGAAUCUUAUGUAAUAUUUUAAAGCAACAACAACUUGC